AUGCCUGUUGCUGAGCGCCUGGCUCGUGAGAAAGCCCAGCGAGAGAAACUCAAUGGACUCAUUUGGGGUCCAGAGAUGCAGCCUGGCCAAGGAGUGGUGGACGCCUGCGUGGACAUGUUAGAGCAGAAUGUGCUUGUGUACAUGCCUCCGCAUAAGUUCGUUUCGAGGUCUCAAGAGAUAUCUUGUGUAAAGCGUGACAAGUCUGUGCUUGUGGACACAGAUGGCGGCCUCAAGGUGACAGCAAAGAAUCAGGACAUGAGCUGUGAUGCGUCGACUGAGUAUGCUCUCCGCCAGGCCUGGCAGCGACGAAGUCUUGCUUUCGACUUAGCAGGGCUGGCGACCUUUCAUGCGCUUGAGGGUUGGGUCAACAAGAUGUUCUUGGUUCUGUCGCGGCCCAUCCCUCCGGGCUAUAAGCCAGUCAACAUACACCAGCUGAUUAGUGCUGAUCGUGCCCUCUUCAUUCGGGCGGCCGACGCUUUGGUGGGCAGCUUAACAGGUGUGCCUGGCCGUGCUAAGCCCCUGGACGAGCAAAUUGCUCUGCUUCAGGAUUCGCCUGAGAUUGUUCAGUACAUGACUCCUUUACAAGGCAGUGACAACAAGCGGCCGUACACCCCGGGUGAUGGGAACGUGCCUCCGCCUGCUCCGCACAAGAAGCCGCGACCGCCUCCAAAGGAUCCGAAGAAGGCUGAUCCCAACAAACCGAAGAAGUUCGUGGUUUUCCAGGCAGCAGCGGCCCCAGAGCCAGAUGAUAGCCCUUUGAGCUUUUCAAUCUUUUGCCGCAUGCAUGAGCGGACUGCGCCGCAAUGCCCUCCGAUUUCCUUUGACUACACGGGUUUUGUGCAGAUUCGUGAUGAUAACUGCGUCUUCAAGAUCAAUGACUUUGGCAAAGGUGGCGUUUGGGUGGAGCAUCCCAAUGGCCCCGCAGUUCGCACUGUCAAAGGUCAGCCAGCUGGUGCUUCACUUGAGCCUUUGGAGCCUCGUCCUGGCUUCCAGGUUUUUGCAUGCGAUCGCGACACCACUAAAGCGCAGAGCGCAACGCUCAAGCUGGACUUGCAGGAGGAGGCGGGCCAAAGUCUCUUUUGGUCUUUGUGGGCCGAUGCGAAUGCUGCUUAUGUUCACUGUGGACCUCCAUGUGGCACCGCAUCGCGCGCUCGCGAGCGUGCAAUUCCUCGCAAGAUGCGUGCUGCAGGUGUUCCCCAGCCUCCUCAGUUGAGGUCUUCAGAUUUUCCUUUUGGCCUGCCCAACAUGUUGCAGUCUGCUGCGUAUGGACCCAGGUUACGCGCUGCAAAUCGGUUGUAUCGCUUCACGGCCAAAAUCCUGCUUGCAUGCCUGCAAGAGGAGCGGUAUUUCUCUAUUGAGAACCCCGCUUCCUCCCACUUUUGGAGUAUCUUGGAUGCCUUAGUCUUGGAGUGGCCGCCAUCAGUGCAGGCUAAGUAUGCCAAGCUGCUUCGCGUGGAUUUUGCCCAGUGUAUGCAUGGAGGCACUCGACCCAAGGUGUCUCGAUUUCUGACCAAUGUCCCGUCUUUUGCACAGCUCGCGAGCCGAUGUGAUGCCAGUCACUCCCACGAUGCGUGGGGUGCCCAGUGGUCUCCUUCAGGUUGGCGUUUUGCCACCCAUCUCGAGGCUCAGUACCCUCGCUUGCUGUGCCGUCGCCUUGUGGAUGCCUUGUGCAGCAAUUUGACCCCCUCUCAGGUCGUGCAUCUUCCUGCCGACGCGCCGAAGCCCGCGAACUCUAAGACCGUGCUGCCUGGGGUGCAGCUGUUGGCUAAGCAGUUGGCUCCAGAGGAAGCUACCCUCAAGGCCAGCAUGUCGGAUGGAGUGCGAAAGGUUUUGGGCACAAAAAAGUUGGUCUUGUGGGAGCGCCUACUCCGCCAAGAGGGCUAUGAUGAUUUAGACGUGAUUCCCCUAAUGCAACAGGGCGUUCCGCUUGUCGGCACUCCUGACACCCCUGCUUGCUUUGAGGCGAAACUCACCCCGGCUACGAUCACCGAGCAUCAACUUCGGGAGACUGCAAAAUGGCGCCGCAAGUCGCUUGUGGCGAAGCCUUUGAGCAUGACCGAUGAUUGCUUUGAUCCCCUCGAGGAAGCUUGCAAUGACGAAGUGCGGCGGGGUUCGCUUGAAGGGCCUUUUUACAGCGAGGCAGCUGUGUCAGAAUACUUAGGCCAUGACAGGUGGAGUUGUGUGCGACGCUUUAUCAUUCAGCAGAAUGACAAGUACAGACCGAUUGAUGAUUGUUGUGAGUGCCAAUUGAAUGCGGGAUACACUUCCACAUUCAAGUUGCGCUUGCAAGAUGCUGAUUACUUUGCAUGUUUGGUCUUGAACAUAUGCAAACGCAUCCUGUCAUCGAGCUCGCGUGACGACCUUGCCGAGUGGAGUGGAAAGUGCCUUGACUUGUCCCGCGCUUAUAAACAGCUGGCGAUCCUUCCUGCACAUGUGGAUUUGGCGGUCUGCUUAGUCCACACCCGAGCAGGCAAGCCAGUUUUCUAUGUGCCGAACAGCCUCAUGUUUGGAUCGAAUGCAGCAGUUUAUGCGUUUAAUCGAGUAAGUCGUAGCAUUUUCUUCCUCUUGAGUCGGUUGCUGAUCGUCCCGCUGUCAUGCUUCUACGACGACUUUCCAAUCUUGGCUCCCACUCAGGAUGCGAGUGAGGUCGAUGGCAUGAUUUCCGAUCUGCUCGAUACCUUAGGUUGGGAGCACAAGCGCACCGGCGAGGGUCACAAGGGUCUUCCUUUUGCAAAGCUUGUUGACAUUCUUGGCAUGCGUGCAGACCUGACAUGCAUGGCGGGCGGGUCCGUGACACUUUCAAACAAGCCUGGACGCAUUGACAAAAUUUGCGAUUUUGUCGUGAGUAUCAGGAAUGCGGG